AAUACUCCAGUUGUCUAAUGUAGGUUAGAUUUUGAAGUGAAAGAAUCAAAGAAGCUUCAGCAUAUCUGGGCAAUUGAAUGGAACCUUCGCUGGCAUAAGUGUUAUUAUAAUUACGGAACAAUAAAUAUUGUUUAACUUAAGUUUACUUAUCUAACAAAAUGAAAGUAGGCAAUCAUUUAUAAGCAUUUGCAAUUUAGCCAUAAAGAUGAAUCUAAGAUUGAUUUCCCCUCAUUUAUUAAUGACCCACAUUAUUACAGUACUGUAUUUUCCAAAGAAACAGAGCUGCUUUGACUAGCAUUUGAUUGAACUUUGAAUUAAAAAAGGACCCCACAUUCUUACAAUAUUUCCCAAAGACACAGAGCUUUGACUAGCAUCUGAUUAAACUUUGAAUAAAAAUGGCCCCACAUUAUAUCCACAUCAACUUCUAAAAAGGACAUCAUAUGAAAAACAAUGGUAUUGAAUUUUAAAAUUAAAGAAAAAAACAAGGAGAAGAGAUAGUGACAGAGGAGGGAGAGGACCCAUCCUAUUCCCUGCACAUCAUCUUCAUUUCUCCCUCUCUCUAGAACUCACUUUCUCUCUCUCUUUUCUCCAUAUCUUUUUCCUUGAGUAAUUUAAAAGAAAAUUGCAUGAGGUAAAUGAAAAUGGCAAUGAGAGAAUACAGGAAAGGGAACUGGACAAUGGAAGAAACAAUGAUCUUAAUUGAGGCAAAGAAGAAAGAUGAUGAAAGAAGGAAGUUGCAUAGAUCAAAACAAAGUAUUACUAGUAUUAGUACCAGUAUUAGUAGUAGUAGUAGCAGUAGUAGUAAGCCAAUCACAGAGUUGAGGUGGAAAUGGGUGGAGGAGUAUUGUUGGGGAAAAGGGUGUUUUAGGAGCCAAAAUCAGUGUAAUGAUAAAUGGGAUAAUCUUAUGAGAGACUACAAGAAAGUUAGAGAUUACCAAAAGAACCUCCCCGCCGAUCAUCUCAAGUCUUACUGGAAUAUGGAUAAGCUUGAGAGGAAAGACAAGGGUUUGCCUACUAAUAUGUUACCACAGAUUUACCAAGCAUUGUUUGAUGUUGUUGAGUCUACUAGUAGUACUCCUACUACUACCCCAACUCCGACUCCGACUUCAACUCCAACUCCAACUCCAACUUCCACUACUGGUGGUCAUUUUUUGUUGCCUAUUUCAAUGAUGGAAAUGCAGCAAACUCCGCCACCAUCCGUGGUGGUUCCUGCAUUGCAGCUGUCUUCCCCUCCACCUUUGCCACCUUCCCCACUCCUGCCUCCGCCAUUGCUGCUGCCUCCUCCGCCUCCUUCCUCAACUUUUCUCUCUCCUCAACACCUGCCUCCUCAUCCCUCACCUACACUGGAAUCUGAACGAAGGGAAUAUCCUCAUGAUCCAGAAUCAUCACCAGCUAAGAGGAGAAGGAAAGAGGAAGGCAUUGCGGCCACAACAGCGGCGGCAGAAGCAGCAGCAGCAGCAGCAACAACAACAACAACAACGCUAGAAGAAGUGAGCUCAGCAAUUAGUAGGAGUGCUGUAAUGAUAUCAGAGGCAAUUCAAGCAAGUGAAGGGAGAGAAGAGAGGAGACACAGGGAGAUGAUGAACAUACAACAAUCAAGAUUAAGGGUUGAAGAAUCAAAUUUAGAGAUGAAUAGACAAGGGUUUAAUGGUUUGAAUGAAGCAAUUAAUAGGCUUGCUACCUCCAUUUUUACUUGGGCUAAUUCUCACAAAAAUCAGCAGGGACCUUCUUAAAUUUAUUUAAUUAAGUGACUCAAUUGAUUAAAAAUAACUUUAUUUAAUUUUUAAUUAAUUAGCUAAAUUGUUUAAAUUUUUUGAUUAAAUUAAACGUAUUUAGAUGUGAA